AUGGGCGGUGGAAAACGCAAGGAGCAGCCACGUGAAUCCUCUGCUUCCAGCGACGAGAGAAUCGAGGAUGCAGAGAAACUCCUCGAGGAUUCUGAGUCUGGUGAAUCGGAGAUGUUCCCGGGUGGGAUAGAUCCUGUUGCCGUGACUGGCAGCAACAAACCUGGCACGAAGAGAAAGACCGGAGACAAGCCGAAGCCCAGGAACCCGAAGAGCAAAACGGACAGCAGCACCGGCCGCAGAGUGGAGAAGGAAGACUGCAAGAGCCAGAGAACUUACAAAGACUUUGUGAACUGCCAUCUCCUCAACUGGUUCGAUGAGACGGAUGGUACGUUCCUGAGCAAGGACGCGCUGAAGGAUGCACGCAGAAUCAAGCUCUUUUCGGUACUGAUGUUCAACUUUGGGUGUGAUAACAAGGCUGCCGUGGUGCGCGCAGCGCAGGGACAAUAUGAACGACGGAAUCGUCCGGCAGCCCGUACCGGAUGGGGGGUCAACGAGAUGCACAGCUUCUGCAAGUGGCAGAUGCGGGAAUUCCAGAAGGGACGUGUGAAAAAGGAGGCCAUGGGUGGAUGGGCAUGGAAACUUCCGGCCAAGGACCCUGAAACUGGAGCACCCGCCCCACUGCCGAAAGAGGUCCAGGAUUACGUUGACGGCAAGCGCAGUCCCAAGUACAAGAAGCAGAAGAAGCCCAGGAAGCACGAAUCAGCCAGUGACUCUGACCAAGAGACCGACAGCAACAGUGCCAGAGUCGAGGACUACGUCAUCAUGACGCGGGGCCCUGACAAGGCUCCCAUGUUGACACAGAGUUUUGGCAGCAGUGUGUUCAGUGCAGUCGCAGCACAUGAUGGGGCUGAUGGGAAAGCGACCGGCACAGCCAUUCCGUUGCCCAAGUUGACCGCAGGUCGGGAGUACCAGCUUGGUGUCGACGAGGCUGGCACGACCAUCCUCACCGGCGGUCUUGUGCCGGCCAAGUGCGAUGACAUUUUCAAGGAUCGUGUGCAGUCGGAGAAGAAGAGGCACAAGGCCAAGGAUGCGGAGGGGGGCAAGCGCUCGAAGCACAGAUCCAGGUCGCCUUCCAAUUCCAUGCGGUCCAGCAAAGGCAAGAGCAGGCACCCAAGCAAAACCCCACCCGCGUCGCCACGUGGCAGAGGGCCCAAGCGGAGCAGAAGCCGUGGGAGCAUGAAGUCCGGCAAGAAGGAGCAGCAGAAGAAGAAUGACCCGGCAGAUGACAAGCCACACCACGUGGCAUUGGACCCGAAACUUCUGAAGGGAAUGCGUGGUGGCCCUUCGACCAAGCACGAGGAGCCGGAGAAGAAGAAGGAGAAAGGUGACACACCGCCGCUGCAGAACAGCGAUGUGGAAUCGAUUUUUGCUGAGUCACCUAAGCCGGAGCCCAAGGCCAAGGAGCCCUUCUUGGUGAAGUGUGCCGAGGGGACCUGGUUGGUGCACAUUGCGUCCGAGAAGAUGAUCCUGCUGCCUAAGAGGGACGAGUGGAGCAUGAACAAGGAUGUCACCAAGGAUGUUUGGAUGGUCACCUGUAUGACGAACGACAAGCAUACGCCGCACACCGUCGACGCGCUGCUCAGGAGUUCAAGGGCCGUGACCUACGACGAAAAGACGAUCGAUGACAAGCUUCGUGUCGCCAAGGAGGAGAAGGCGGCUGCCGAAGAGGAGGCUGAGAAGAACAAGAAAGAGGCCGCGCUCAAGGCCGAGGCGGCUGCCGAAGCGGAGGAGGAGAAGAAGAAAGAGCUGGCUGCCGAGCAGGAGAAGACGGAGAAAGAGAACGCAGACAAGGCCAAGGCGGCUGCCGAAGAGGAGGAGAAGAAGAAAGAGCUGGCUGCCGAGCGGGAGAAGAAGAAGAAAGAGGACGCAGACAAGGCCAAGGCGGCUGCCGAAGCGGAGGAGAAGAAGAAGAAAGAGCUGGCUGCCGAGCAGGAGAAGAAGAAGAAAGAGGAUGCAGACAAGGCCAAGGCGGCUGCCGACGAGGAGGAGAAGAAGAAAGAGCUGGCUGCCGAGCAGGAGAAGAAGAAGCAAGCGGACGCAGACAAGGCCAAGGCGGAUGCCGAGAUGAAUGCGGAGGUGAACAAGAAAUCCUCUGAGAAGAAGAAGAAGGCGGGAAUUUGCAGUGGUGCUGGAGCAUGGAGACAGUGUUCCUAUUAG